AUGGCCACUUCGAAGCAGUACUACAACGUUGGAGUAAUUGUCUUUGAUGGCGCAGACAUCCUCGAUUUUGCAGGGCCAAUGGAGAUCCUGUCUCAUAUCUCGCACAAUCGCAGCUCAGAUAACCCAGAUCGGAUGUUCAAGAUCCAAACUAUUGCUCGAAAGCCCACUAUCAGAGCUGCCGGCUCGCUGGCUGUAAACGUGGAUCUUCUUUUGGACGAAGCGACCGGUGUUAUCUCGAGUUUUGACAUCCUGGUCGUACCUGGUGGGACCUCUUCGGUGAUUCUCGCGUUGCUCGAUGCUGGGGCGCCGGAAUUGGAUGUGAUCCGCAAGUUCUCAGGCCUCCCGCAACGCUCCUCCACCCAGCAGCGCAUUUUGUUCUCGGUCUGCACGGGCGCUUUCUUACUUGGUGCAACUGGGAUUCUCGCUGGCGUUACAGUCACUACCCACCAUACCGGUCUUGAUACCCUGCGCGAUAUAUGCUCCCGAGCCAAUGUGGCCGCCGCCCCCACCAUAGUGGAGUUUAGGCGCUAUAUCGAUAGUGGGCUUCUUGAAGGUGGCGCUGUCAGGCUCAUUACUGCUGGCGGAAUUAGCUCUGGCCUUGAUGCCUCUCUUUACCUUGUCAGCCAGCUAACUAGUCCCGAUAUGGCAGCAAAUAUAGCGAGGGUGAUGGAGUAUGACUGGAAGGAAUUGGAACAGUAA